UCGUCCCGCCCCCGCCCUUGAGUGACAGCACCGUGGACAGCACCGUUCCCAGCAGGACAAGAAGUUGGCGGGCCCUUUUCUUGGCUGCGCUGAGGUGUGAAAAAGAGCAACCAAGAGCAUUCUAUUGGUAUCUGGAACUGCAGUUUGCCAAGAAUGCGAGCACAGCUUCCUCCGUAAAGAUCUCGCCUUUGGAAGCCUCCUACCCCUUGGCAGGGCGCCAGAGUUCAGACUUGGCAGCAUCCAGGACACAGCACAAGGCAUUUUGGAGAUCAAAGAUGGGUAGAAAAGACGCCUCUACUGUAAAGCUUCCUGUUGAUCAGUACAGAAAGCAAAUUGGUAAACAGGAUUACAAGAAAACCAAACCUAUUUUACGAGCAACCAAAUUAAAAGCAGAAGCAAAGAAAACAGCAAUUGGCAUAAAGGAGGUUGGUCUUGUCCUAGCAGCUAUCUUGGCCCUCCUACUGGCUUUCUAUGCUUUCUUCUACCUCAGACUCUCCACACGCGUCGCCCCUGAUCUGGGCCCAGGAGAAGAUUGACAGCGCUGCGACACACAUGAAAGGAAAAUCAUUUUUUUAAAAUCACUUCUCGGGACCAGAACUUUCUGAAGUAUUGAGACUGAAGCAUCUUGAA